CCGUUCCGCGGCGCUGUUGGACUGGAUUUCACGCUUCGAGGCUGUUCUUUGGAGGCAUAUUCUCUCUUUUAUUACUUUCUCCCCUGAUCCGCAGUGUUUGUUGAGCGUCUGCCUGACUGGACCUGCUUCAUCAUGGCCGUCUGAAUCCAGAGCCGAACGCCAGUGUGAUCCCCGUUUUCUCAGUCAUCCACCCCGAUCGCGCUGGGAAUCAUUUCUUUGGGAUUUUACUUCAUUUGUGCCAAUGUUCAAACAUGCAGCCUCCGCCAAGAAAGGUAAAAGUGACACAGGAACUGAAGAACACACAUGUGGAGCAGCUCGGCCGCCUGCACCUCAAACACCAGACAGAAUGUGAUUUAUUAGAAGAUAUGAGGACUUACAGCCAGAAGAAGGCCACUCUGGAGAGAGAUUACGCACAGGCCCUGCAGAAGUUGGCGAGUCAAUAUUUGAAGAGAGACUGGCCUGGGAUUAAACCAGACGAUCAGAGGACAGACUACAGGAAUGUGUAUGGAGUGUGGAGAGCGUAUCUGGAAGGCACCGUUCAGGUGACCCAGUCUCGACUCAACGUCUGCGACAACUACAAAAACGAGAUUACAGAUCCCGCCAAAACCGUACGCCUCUACAAAGAGCAGCAGCUGAAAAAGUGCAUUGAGCAGCUGGGCCGCAUCCAGACCGAGCUCCAGGACUCAGUGAAGGAUCUGGCCAAGUCCAAAAAGAAAUACUUUGAGUUGGAGCAGAUGGCGCAGGCUGUGCGCGAGAAGGCCGACAUCGAGUCCAAGUAAGUGCGUCUGGUAUUGCAGGU